UUCAAACCCACCCGAUGACGAGUCCCUCUCCUCUCUCCUCUUAGGUGAAGAAGACACUUGGAGUCCUUUUCUUCCUGCUCCUGCUCCUCUUUCUAUUCGCUCCUUGUGGUGUAUCAUCUCGUGCUCUCUUUUUUUUUUCCCUUUUCCUACUUUUCCUCUUUUCACUCCUUCCUCGACUCUCUUCGUUCUCAUUCGGUUGCACCAUUAUCUACACUCGUUUGCCUUACAAUUGGCGCUGUCAUAUACUUGUUGACCUAUCUGAAUACUAACCACCUAAAGGUACUAGUCCGUCCCCUUGCAGUCGGCCCUCCUGUCGAUUAUCGUGACGUGAUAACGUUUCUCCCCUGCACCAUCCAUCCGUGGAACCCCCGAGUCGAGGCUACAAAUAGACACUCGCUUUCUCGCGACUCCCUUCCCCGCCUUUUCUUGCAUGUGAAGGCUGCUCGUUGCUGUUUCCUGGUGCAAAUCGCACCCUAAUCCCCCCCCCCCAAUAUGGCGCCCUCGUCUCAUCAAUCGAAACGAUUCAUCUCCGUGAUAGCAGCCACUUUGGUUGCGCUCGCCUGUGGCACAAAUUAUGCAUACUCCGCAUGGGCGCCUCAGUUCGCGCAACGGAUGAAGAUCUCAGCAACCGAAAGCAACUUCAUUGGUGCUGCAGGAAAUCUGGGCAUGUAUGCGUCAGGCAUCCCGUUAGGCCUGUUGACCGAUGCUCGGGGCCCCCGUCUGACAACUUUCCUGGGAGCCAUCGCCCUGGGCUUGGGCUAUUAUCCCAUCUAUCUGGCUUAUGAGGGGGGACCAGGCUCUCUCGGCACCUUUUUCUUGUCCUUCUUCAGCUUCUUGACAGGCCUCGGCAGUUGUUCCGCGUUUUCGGCCUCUAUCAAAACUUCCGCGUCGAACUUCCCCGAGCACCGGGGAACGGCAACUGCGUUUCCUUUGGCCGCCUUUGGCCUAAGCGCCUUUUUCUGGUCGACAAUAUCUACCGUUCUCUUCAAGGAUGACACCGGUCGUUUCCUUCUUCUGUUGGCUUUGGGAACAUGUAUCCUGAACUUCAUCUCCAUUCCCUUCCUCCGAAUACUUUCCCCCGCCGACCCGUACAUGCCGCUCGGCCGAGACCGAUCACCUGGGGUGGAAUCACGUCGACUGCGCAACACGAGGUCCACCGAGCUGCCACCGGGCCAUGAAGAUUCUGAUGAAGCAGGUACGCAAAGAUAUAACAUCUCUGGACCCCACCCCCCGGUCCAUUCCAGGUCGCAAUCGAACGCGUCGAACCCUCCAGCCCCCAGCCACAACCCCGAUGUUAACGAGACGUCUUCCCUGGUACCCAAAGACCCUUUCAGAACAUCGCACGAAUCCGUACCUGAGCAUGAAGGGGAGGAGAUUGAGGAUGAUGCCAUGUCUGAUGUUACCCCUGACUCACCUCAUCCAGACGUUAGAGGCUUGGCGAUGCUAUCGAGGGUCGAGUUCUGGCAGCUCUUCCUCACAAUGGCGCUCUUGUCUGGCAUUGGCCUGAUGACCAUCAAUAACAUCGGAAACAGCGCCAAGGCGCUUUGGAAAUAUUACGAUGACAGCGCAAGUUCGAAGUUUAUUCAGCAGCGACAGGUGAUGCAUGUUUCGAUCUUGUCUUUCGGCAACUUCAUCGGUCGUCUUUUGAGUGGGAUCGGCUCCGACCUGCUUGUCAAGAAACUGAACAUGUCCCGAUUUUGGUGCUUGUUCAUAUCGGCUCUGGUCUUCACAAUCACCCAGCUCGCCGGGUCAUCGAUCUCCAAUCCCCGCCAGCUGGCCAUCGUCUCGGGGUUCACGGGGAUCGCCUACGGCUUUCUCUUUGGCGUGUUCCCCUCCCUUGUCGCCCACAAUUUUGGCAUCAACGGCCUCUCGCAGAACUGGGGCGUCAUGACUCUUGCCCCGGUUUUCAGCGGUAACGUGUUCAACCUUCUCUACGGCCACACGUACGACCGUCACUCUGUCGUUGGUCCAGACGGCGACCGGGAAUGUCCUGAUGGACUGGCCUGCUAUCAGGCUGCCUACUACACUACCUUUGUCUCAGGUGUGGCCGGACUAGCCGUGUGCCUGUGGACUAUUCUGCGCGAGAAACGCAUCCACGGCGCAAUGCGGAAGAAGCUCGAGCAUGAUCGACUUGCUUGAGUGAUCAACCGUGUUGUACUACCCCUGCCGCCCCCGUCACAUCCCAGGCACCCAAAUUGACCGUAAUAGCUUUUUGACAAAGCUAUUUACACCGCUCGUUUCAUCCACUGUCACAGCUGCCAAUCCUUCACUUUUUGCGUAUAUAAUACCCAGGAGUCAAGUAUGUCUGUUCUUUUUCUAUACGGUAAAUUCAAGUUUAUAGUAUGAUUGUCGAGGCAGGUCCAGGUUCGAUGAACUUUUGAAUAGGGUGUUCACCAUAGAGUUGCCGUGCAGUAUAGACUAG